AUGGGUGUCCCGCGCCUUUCCUGGCUGGCCUACGGCCUUGCCUCUGCUCUCUUGGUCCAGGUCGGGUCUGCCGCAAAUCUAGAGCCUAUUGAUAUGCUUGGACAUGAGGAAGGUCUGCUGGUUGCCCGUCACAGUGAUUGCCACAAGCUAGAUCUUCAAAAGUCCGAGUCCUUUCUAUGGGGUGGAUACAGUGCAAACAACAAAUAUGCUCUCGGUAACUUCACGGUUUUUACGCCUGGAGAGCACGAAAACAUCAUCUCCAUGGAGAAGUUCUAUCCUCUAUUGAAGUCCACUGAGUGUACCAAGUCCAGCCUGACUAUGAACUUCGAGGACCAGAAGGCCUACCAACACGGAGCGAACACCUGGAAGUGGGUCGAUAAUCACAAAGAUAAUACCUUUCUGCUUGUGGCUGGGAAGGGCCACUGCGGGUGGAACGAAGACCGACUUCCUUUUAUUAUCAAUACUCUCUGGUUUGAUGAUCUGACCAACACUAUCACUGCCUUUGGCGAGGCCUCCGAUUGGAUUAACGCUACACAUUCGGCUGAGCUGUAUCUCGGCGGCCGCCCUGCCUCGAAAAAGCGGUUCUUGGACGACGCGACCUGGUCGUUCCCUGUCGCCGCAGACUUGCCGCUCAACCACAAAGAGUUUAAUAUUGGGGAGGCCAAGUUGACAUACGACUGCGAUGGCUGCGGUACGCACGGAGAGAUGGAAUUCACCUUCCACUUUGUAAAAACGCUGGGCGUCCCGCACGAUGUUGAACUCAUCAUCCAUCCUAACGGAGUGGAGGCAGUCUUCGAGCCGACCAUCAAAUUAGAGGCGGAUCUCACCGAUAAAAUUGAUGAGACGUUGCCUCUCGGGAGCAUCCCAAUCGGCGGGAUUUCUAUCGUUGGUGGUGUUGUGGACCUUGGCCCCGAGAUUGUUUUCGACCUUGUAUACGGAUUAGGUCCCCUCAAAGGCACUGCUUCAAUCACGGGUGGAGGUACUGCUAGCCUCCAGGAUUCAGCUGAGUUGACACUGGAUCUGCUCAACCCAGAUGUGUCUGCAGGCGGCUGGACACCACAGUUCGAAUCCAAGCCGAUCACACUCGACGCUGCUAUCAGUGGAGAUGUAAUGAUUGGACUCCAAGUAGGCAUUGAGCUGAGCAUCGAAGCGCUUGAUCAUGGAUUCGAGGUUGGCGUCAAACUCCAGCCUUACCUCGGUUCGACAUUCACACUGAUGGCGUCAACUGGCGAAACUUGUCCGAAUGCGAAAGGCAUGCACGAGGCCAUUAGCAUCGCAAACUCAGUUGGCAUCGAUCUCAUCGCGGAGGCAGGCGAGAAGGACAAAACCGAGAGCCCAUUCCUGUCUAAGGACCUCGCGUCAACGACUUGGGCACUUCCCGGCUUCUGUACCGGAUUCAGCGAUGGACUUAGUGUCCCAACCGGUACAUUUUCACCCAGCUCAUACUCGGUUCCCUUCUCGUCUUCCCCAACUCCUCGUUAUCUCACCUCUGUGCCUCCAUCCUCCUUCCCUUACCCUUUUGUCUCGUUUCCCACGCCCUCGUCCUGGGAUUGGCCUCCUGGCUCGCCACCUACAACCCGGCCAGAACCGCCGUCAUCUUCAUCUUCCGUGGUUGUCCCGCCACCAUCGUCCAUUACGCCUCCUCCGUUUACUUCCAGCCGCUGGUCGCCGCCGCCGCCGCACACCUCCAGCUCGAUCGUCCCAUUUGUCCGUAGGAGACAGGAGGCUCGCAGACAGCAGGCGUGGGUCCAUGAAUGA